UGUUCUGUUUUUUUUUAGUUGGGUGCUGAGGUUUCCUGUGGGUUGUUUUACUGGAUCUUCUCCACAUGUUUUACUGUUGUCUUUGUCCUGCUGGAGGCCUGGCUGGCUUGGGUUUCCAGGGCUGAGCUUAGUCUUUUGUUCUGUGUCAGGAACAGAGUGCAAACACUAGAUCCCUUCAGGGUUGAAGGGAAAACAAGCUGGAGUGUUUGUUGUGUCAAUCCGUUAGCCGACCUUUACUUCCUGGAGGGCUGGAAAAAACCUGUCCAAGUACCUGUGGCCGGACUGGGUGUGACUGCAAAGAAGAGCAAACAAAGAGUGAGCAGCUGCGGAGACAGAACUUAGGCUUUUAGUCCGCAGCAGGGAGACCAGUCUGCAGCUCCUCCGACAGCGGGACAGUUUGAAGGGAUGUUUGGAACACUGUGUCAGUGGUUCUGGUGGGACAGACUCUGGCUGCCAGAGAGCCUGACAUGGGCCGACCUGGAGGACAGGGAUGGACGUGUCUACGCCAAAGCCUCACACCUGUAUGCCACGCCCACCUACGCGCUGGCCUUCCUCAUCAUCAGAUACCUGUUUGAAAGGUGGAUAGCAACACCCCUUGCAGCCUCUGCUGGCAUCAAGGCGAGAGUACACCAGAAACCAACAGACAACCCAGUUCUGGAACUGUUCUACAUAUCACAGUGUCGAACUCCAUCUCAGGUGCACAUUGAUGGGCUGUCUAAGAAAAGCGGUUUGUCAGUGAGACAAGUUGAGCGCUGGUUCAGAAGACGACGCAGUCUGGACUGUCCUGGAGUUCUGAAGAAAUUCACAGAGGCCAGCUGGAGGUUUGUCUUCUAUUUGUCUGCGUUCAUCGGAGGAAUCAUAGCACUUCAUGAUAAGGAAUGGUUUUAUGACACCCGGGAAGUGUGGACAGGUUUCCCAAAGCAGUCUAUGUUGCCAUCUCAGUACUGGUAUUACAUGUUGGAGAUGGGCUUCUACUGCUCUCUGCUCUUCAGUGUCGCCUUUGAUGUGAAAAGAAAAGACUUUAAGGAGCAGAUCAUUCACCACUUGGCCACUCUGGUCCUGUUGUCAUUUUCCUGGUGUGUUAACUACAUUCGUGUGGGAACGCUGGUCAUGCUCAUCCAUGAUGCCUCUGACGUUUUACUGGAGUCUGCAAAGUUGUUCAACUACGCCAAAUGGGAGAAAACAUGCAAAGCUCUGUUUGUUGUGUUUGCAGUGAUGUUUAUGGUGACACGGCUCGUCAUCUUUCCAUUUUGGCUGAUUCACUGUACCUGGGUCUAUCCCAUCCAUCACUACCCCGCCUUCUUUGGAUACUACUUCUUCAAUAUCAUGCUGUUGGUCCUCCUCUUUCUGCACGUCUUCUGGGCCUACCUCAUUCUCUGCAUGAUCAGGAAGUUCCUGUUUGGAACGCUGACCAGAGAUGAGAGAAGUGACAAUGAGGAGGAGGAGAGCAGCCAAUCAGAGGAUGAACGUGAACAGCACCAGCUGAGUAAUGGAGUAACAGUGGAAGCGAAGAAGAAGAAUGGCUGCUUUCGACAUUUGUCUACUCUAGAAAACAGCUCAAUGUCUUUUUGCUGAGUCUCUGUCAGUGAGUUUUAUCCAGCUUUGAGGACCUCCACUACCUGUAUGGAUUCAAACCCGUCAAUCUUCUUAUUGUUUUAGUACAUGAAAUAAAAUCACCUCUUCUCAAUAAUCAGUCUUGCAGCCAGGGGCCUUUAAACAAAGUUCUGGCUCAGGUUUGCCAGAAGGUUUGUGGGAGACAUCAGCUUACAUUUCACAUAUGUUCACAGUCUUUGUUCUCCUCUGUCAUGCAGCUGUCAUCAAGCCUCUCCAGUCAUAGCCACUGAAGAUUGCACCUCCUUCAUAGUUGAGCUAUUGCCAGGUUCAAAAGUUGAGAACCAAUCUCAAAUGGAUGUGUCAAACUCCUUUGUCAAUUAACAUAACUUCUCAAAAUCAAAACCUGAUCUGAAGUAACUUAAAGGUAUUCAGACUUGGGCUACAUCUGAAUACUCAUACUUGUGUACUAUAUAGUGUGAAAAAAGCAGUGUGUCAUAAUCAUAGACUGUCUUGGACAAAGUCUGCAAGAUGUAACCUGUAGGUUUUUUUUAUAGUGACACCCUUAUCUGGGUGUCCCCAUGUUGAGAGCCCCGCCCACACUGAUUCACAAUGAGCUCAUUUAUGCAUAAAGGGGCGGAACGUGGGUGAGUCUGUCCAUGAUGAUAAAACCUGAACAUGCCCUUUCAAGAACAAGCAUCAGCUUACAGGCCAACGUGGGCUGAGGUAUUUAUUAGAUCACAUUUUCUGGACUGGGUUUUGGUUCUUUUAACGGUUUACUUUGGUGUGAAUAUUGAAGGAUUAGAACCGAGAUUGAGGUCUGUAUGGGAAAAUAUUAGACUGAGGUGACAGCAAAAACCACAGAGGUCUGAUAUUCCCGUACAGACUGAGCAAGCAAGGUUAAUAAUUUGUUUAUUAUAUGGCUGUUCGGAGCUGUGUUUUCAUCUUGUUGGUCUUCAUUUUGCGUGUCCACUUUGAGCUCGUUUGCUGUUAAUUCUUCCAUUUCAAACUCGUCAGAGAAUGGUCCUCUUUGCCACUCAUAAUUUCUUUGUUUACUUUUAUUUUGUUUAAUUUCGCGUCAUGAAAAUUGUAAAAGUCGCAGUUGUGCUACGCGAUCCGGAGUGAUUGUCAUGGUAACAGUCUGAUAUGGGAAAAUACCAGACCGGAAAUCAGCCAAUCAGAGCGGACGUAGUGUCGUAGUCAUAUAAUAAACCCAGUUAUUUUCUCAGUAAUUGUGCAUUAAGUGGACCCAACAGAUGAAACUACCAACAGCUGCUAAACGUGCUAACACCGUUAUCACACAUUAAAUAAGUUGAGAGUUUCAUUCAGCAUGAAUAUUGCAACAGAGACGUCUUAGAUGAUCUGUUAGGACGUUUGUCCACAGCAAGACAGAUUAUUCCAGGUGUUUGUAAUAAAAUACUCCAAACAGAGAGAACAGCAACAACACAACAGCUAGCGGCCGCAUCGAGCAGACUCUGAGUAAUGGUCGGAGUGGCAGAGUCAAUGUACUCAGCCGCUGUCACUCAAAGCAACCACGCCCACAAUUAUACAGAAUUUUACUAAUUAAAACAUCUAAAGAACAUCUAAAACAUUUAAAGCAUCGAAAGAACAUUGUUAUGACCGGGCCUAGGGGUGAACCAAGGCAUGACAUAAAAAUGACUCCCCCACUCCCCAUUCCCAAGGAUGACCAAACUUCCAGGUCUGCAGUCCAAAAUACAACAAAUUUAUUACUGUUAGGGUGAGGAAAAGGCCAAAAUAACAAACAAAACAAAUUACCAAAAACCCUGUUGUUACCUAGUGCUCAAAUAAAACAACCAAACAGUGGUCCUACCUAAGCUCCUAACAGAAGAAAACUAUCAACAUAAUGUGGCUUCUCGCUCCUACUAACAAGAAAUGUUGGACUACUUUUCAAGAACAAAUAAUUACAAAAUUUACCCCCCCAAAAAAGCAAAAGAUUAACAAAAAAAAAACAAAAAAAAAAAAACAAGUGUCCUCAGACACACAUCAGUUGGGAGCAGGAAGAGUGUGGAGCACUGGAGGUUGGUUUUGGCCUUCCUUAUAAAGCCAGGAGCCUUCAUUGCUGGACCAAUCAGCUGGUGCCAUCUGUACAAGCUCACAUACAAGAGAGACUCACACA